UUUCGUCUAGUUGGUUCCGGCGAUGCCAUCCCAGCUCCGUGGUCAGCCAUGAUUACUCACGCGCCGUUGCUGGGAAACUAUAGUCUAGUAGCCAAGUCUAGGGCGCUGAAACCGCGCCAAAGCGUGCACGGAGACAUCCGCUGAAGAUUUAUACUUCUGCUACGCCCCGUCCUGCUUAACGGUCCUAAACCUUGACCUUGUGGCCGGUCCGUUGCUGACGCUGCCACGGCGCUAGCCGGCGUUGGGCCGUUUCGUCCUUCCCGCGCCAGCCACCCAGCGUUUUGGUCUGAACUAAGACCGCGCGUGACGUAGUGGCCACGAUUUUGCCGUUUUGGUAUUUCUGUGUGCUCUUCCCCGGUUCCGAUUUUUUCUGGUUUUCGCCCUUGCCUUUGUUUUCUCUUUAUCCUGCUUGCCGUGUCAGUCGCAUCCUGCAUCUCCCUGUGACUCGACUUAUACCUAGGGACACCAUCGCCGCCAUGAUGAUGGCCAUGAUGGCAGACUCGGCAUACUCGUCCAUCUCGUCCACGUCGACCAUCCCCGCCCCAGAUUUUGACAACGACCACCGCUACUUCUAUCGCGGCGAACAGCAUCGCUCUUUCACCUUCCAGGCUGACCACGGCGAGCUGCGCCGCCGUCUCUCCCAAAGACCUGAGCAGCAGCAGCAGCAGCAGCAGCAGCUACAACCACCACAACUUUCUCAUCAGCAACAAUAUCAACAACAGGAGUACCAGGAGCACCAGCCAUACAUAGCGCGCCAGCCUCCACGGCCCAGCUUCGGCUACCGCUGGCUGCUGGGCGACGCGGCGCACCACUUUGGCUACUGGGACAAGGACACAUGGUGGCCGUUCCCGCUGGGCCCGCACCUGCGCACCAUGCAAGAGAAGCUGCACGCAGCCCUCGCACUGCCCGUCACCACGAGCGCCAACGCGCCGCGGGUGCUCGACGCCGGGUGCGGCGCGGGCCACGCCGCGCUGUACAUGGCGCAGCAGGGCGUGCACGUCACGGCCAUCGACAUCGCGUCGGCGCGGGUGGCGCGGGCACAGCGGCGGCUGGCGCGCGCCGGGCUCGUCAGCGGCGGCCAGGCGACGGUGCGGCGCAUGGACAUGCACCACCUCGAGACGGUGCUCACCGCCUCGCACGACGGCGUCUACACUAUGGAGACGCUGCGCCACUCGGCCAACCCCGAGGCCGUCAUGGCCAGCUUCUUUCGCAUCCUGAAACCUGGCGGCCGCUACAAACAACACGACUACUGCUGCCCGCACCAGCAGCAGCACCACCACUACCCUAGCGCAGCCGACCUGCACACGCGGCGGCUGGACCUCUACCAGCAAAUGCUCGAGGACGCGGGGUUCGUCGACGUGGUAGUCACAGACCUGUCGGACCGCGUGCGGCCCAUGCUGCGGUACCUGUACGUGCUGGCGGCCGUGCCGGCGUUUCUGGUCCGCUGCCUCGGCCUGCGCCGCUGCUUCCCUGCUGCGGCUGAGCACAGCGAUGCCGCUGCGCGGCUGUAUGGUGAGCCGGAGCUGUAUCGCUACGUGCAGAUCUCGGCGACGAAGCCUCUGCGCAGCGCUGGGACUGCUAGGGUGGGGUUUGCGUGGUGAAAUGUAUUGCGAAGGCGGGGUGAGAUGUGUUGCGAAGGGCGUGGUGAGAUGUGUUGCGAAGGGCGUGGUGAGAUGUAUUGCGAAGGGAUAGGAUGGGAAAAGGGGUUGUUUGACUUCUGAGUAUUAUGACCUGGCGGGCAAAAUGGGGAGGAAUGGGAUAUGAAUAUGGCUUCAUGGUACGGAUAUGCUAUCUUGUAAUGCGUGAUGGGCGUCUAGACAGACAAGAAGCGAGAUGAGCAUACGA